AUGCACGGCCGCACCAGUGCGCUGCGGCCGCGGGUCGGCGUGCUUAGCCGCCACCGGGCACAGGUGGCGGCGCGGACGGCGCGGGCGGCGGCCGAGGGUGUGACGCGGGUCUUUGGCGACUCGCACGACACCUUUGCCGCCGGCACAGGCGCAGCCCGGAUUCGGGCCACGCUCCGCGUGGCGGCGGCUCGACCGCAACCACCGGCCGCCGCCAGCGGCGACGGUGACGGCAGCGGCGUGCGGAUCUCGGUCGAUCGCGUCAUCGACGCGCUGCGGAUCCGUGGCGAAGUGGCGUCAAUGGCAGCGGCGACCAGCGGCGAGGCGACAGGCGGCUCGCUGGAGGAGCUGCAGGAACUGGUGGAUGCCGGCCUCGCACUGAAGCCGUGCGUACCGGAGAGCCUCGUCGAGGUCGAGACCUUUCCGGUCCGCCCGCCGCGCGUCUGGGUCCAGGUGAGCGGCAAGCAGCGGGCGCGAUACACCGAGACACCGGAGCACCAGGCCGACGGCUCGGUCAACUGGAUCCGGACGUUGUAUCCGCCGGCAGUUGUGACCACCGACGACGAGUUUGCACGGACUGCUGAGCUGGUGGGCAGGCUCGCGGCCCAGACCCGCGAUCCGACGGUGGUCGCGGUCGGGCACACAGGUCGCGAGGGCCUUCUUGAGCGAGAGGCCGAGUUUGUGAGCACCUUGUUGGCUGCCACGCAGAUGGGGCUGACCGAGGUAGCGCGUGGCAGCGCGGUGCGCGCUGCCGCACUCCGAGAGCCGCCGCGGCUCCUGGAAGCCUGCAUCGCCCUUCUGCGUGCACUCGAGAUUUUGCAUGGCCUGACGCCAGCCGCGCCGGGUCCAAUGGAGCACGAAGAGGCUGCGCGGGUGGCUGCCGUCCGCGACGCCAUUGAGGCGCGGCGCGAACUCGACGCGCUCAUCACCGCCGAGAAGAACGAGACUCGUGAGCUGCUGGAGGCGAUCGAGAAGGCACGGACCGAGGCUAGCGCACUGGAGCGUGAGCUCGAGGCUACGCGCAAGCGGACAGCGGAGGCCCGAGCGCGGGCAGAAGCGCCGCUAGCCCGGAGCGGCGAGCAAGAGUCGUUCUCACACGAGCGAGUGCUGGUGGUCGGCGAGCUCCAGAGCGUGGAAAAGGCCAAUGUGUUGCUCGAGGCUGAGCUCGUUGCGCUCAAGAGCCGGGCCGCUGAUGUGGUGCAGGCCAAGGUUGUCAGCACAAUGCAGGCGCACAAGGUUGAGGCAGAGAUCAAAGAGGCGUCGGCCGAGCAGCUCGCCAUCCUCCUCGCGCUCGCCCACCGCAAGUCGGAGCUCGAGGCCACUGACGCGCAGCUUGCGGCCCUCAAUGAGUCGAUCGCGUGUGCCGAGGCCGAGAAGGAAGUCCAGCGGAUCCACGAGAACAAGGCCAAGUUUGUGGCGUCGAUGAAGGGGCGCAGCCCGGCAGCACGGCCCGCCCUCCGCCGCGGUCCGAGCACCGGCGGACAUCACCGGCGGGCCUCAGUCACUCCCUCCUCGCUCCUCACCACCAGCUCGACCUCGAUGUUGUAA